AUUUGGUACACAGAGAAAUAGGUUACUUCCUUCUCGUGUUAUGUUUCUGUUUUGUAUUAUUCAACACUCUUCAGUUAUUGUCGCAAUAACGUCAAACUACUGAUAAAUCACAGAAAAGAUGAGGCUACCUUGCUGGACCUUUAUGUUACAAACAAGACCUGGAAAAAGGGCAUUCUCUGUCCCUGUGGGCAUGUUGAAUUUUGUCCCUCCCUGCGAAACCACUGAUGCUCGUUCACUGGACCUUCUCGAGACUUUUGUGUCCCAUUCCAGACACCUGUUUGUCAUCAGUGGUGCCGGACUGUCUACAGAGUCAGGAAUCCCUGAUUAUCGGUCAGAGGCCGUUGGGUUGUAUGCCCGUACCAAGACGCGCCCUAUGCAGCUAGCAGAAUUUUUGCGCAGUGCCAGAUCUCGCCAGCGCUAUUGGGCUAGGAACUUUGUUGGUUGGCCAAAGUUCUCCACCCAUGAGGCAAACCCUGCACAUAAGGCCCUGCAGCAGUGGGAGGAGAAAGGCAAACUUCACUGGUUAGUCACACAGAAUGUGGAUGCACUUCAUUCAAAGGCAGGACAGAAAAGAUUAACAGAGCUCCACGGCUGUACGCACAGGGUCCAGUGCCUUGGCUGUGGCACAGUUACAGCAAGGGAGGCUCUCCAGAGGAGGUUUAUAGCCUUAAACCCGGAAUGGACAGCACGGGCAGAUGUUGUGGCACCAGACGGUGAUGUCCACUUGGAGGAAGAACAGGUUCUACAUUUCAGAGUUCCUUCCUGUGAGGCCUGUGGAGGCAUACUGAAGCCAGAGGUUACAUUUUUUGGAGACACUGUUAACAAAACAACAGUGCAGUUUGUGCACAAAAGGCUUGCUGAAUCAGAUGCUGUGCUUGUUGUGGGAUCCUCAUUACAGGUAUAUUCAGGAUACAGGUUCUUACUGGCAGCAAGUGAAAAGAAAAUCCCUAUUGCUAUCCUUAACAUUGGGCCAACAAGAGCUGAUCAUCUGGCCCAUUUGAAAGUGAACGGACGUUGUGGUGAAGUGCUGCCAGUCAUUCAACCCUUCUGACUGUCUCAAAUGCUGAGGUAUUCUACAUUUCCAGUGGUUGUUCCAGGUGUCAAAACUAUCUCAGUUUUAACCAGGUAAUAACUACUUAAGGACAACCACUCUAGUCUUUCAGCAUUUAUUUGAUAAUGAAAAAAAAAUCCUACUUGAACAGUCAUGCAUUUUACUCGUUUGUACAGUGAUACAUGUGAAUUGUCUAGGGUGCUAGUCUCAAGCUAUGGACUGCUGUAACUAUAACACAUACUGUUUAUGGAACAACUGAAUGUGAAAGGUUGCUGUCAUCCUGUCAGCAUAGAUGGACAGGAAUGUGCUACAACCCCUGGCAAAAAUUAUGGACUCACCGGCCUUGGAGGAUGUUCAUUCAGUUGUUUAAUUUUGUAGAAAAAAAGCAGAUCACAGACAUGACAC